AUGGCCAUCAACUAUCUCAUCCUCCUUUCGCGCCAGGGCAAAGUGCGCCUGGCCAAGUGGUUCACCACCUUGUCCCCAAAGGACAAAGCCAAGAUUGUCAAGGACGUUUCACAGCUUGUUCUUGCCAGACGAACCCGGAUGUGCAACUUUCUGGAGUACAAGGAUACCAAAAUUGUCUAUCGCCGAUAUGCCUCCCUCUUCUUCAUCGCCGGCUGCUCCUCCGAAGACAACGAGCUGAUCACGCUCGAAAUCAUCCACCGAUAUGUUGAGCAGAUGGACAAGUACUACGGCAAUGUGUGCGAGCUAGAUAUUAUCUUCUCUUUCACCAAAGCCUAUUACAUCCUUGACGAGCUAUUGCUGGCGGGAGAACUGCAGGAAAGCAGCAAGAAGAAUGUGUUGCGAUGCAUCUCCCAGCAGGAUGCCCUUGAGGACAUGGAGGUCGAGGAUGAGGUCACCAAGAUCAUGUAG